AUGAGUGGAAUCUCGUGCGCCGUCUCGGGCUUGUGCGCAGACGAGGCUGAUCUUGGCUUGCGACAGUAUUACGACUGCUGCCGCGCUGUCUUGAUUGUCCGCUUCGAUGCUCACUACUCGGAGGACACGAUCGAGAAUCUCACAGCCAGCCUUGAGAACUACUGCGCGCCCGAUCCAAGGGCAGAGAAGCCGAAAUGCGAUGACCCUCGGGGUUGGCCGGGCCAUACUGCCUGCAAUAUCCUUUCGAGCACGCUGACUGUUGACGGGAAUCGCUACACGCCAACAGUAGUGCCUGCCGCGCCAUAA